UGUGGUGUACGCUAAGAUUUGCUUGUCAUCAAUCUAACAUUAUGACCGACAUGCUCGGAGCGAUGUUCACCCGUGGAGCAGAAAUGAUUGUAACGAUGGACAAAGCUGUGUUUGAGAUUGUAUCAUAUGUCUAUGUGUUUUGGGCAGUAGUUGUGUUGAUCGCUCUGCAGUUUGUGAGUGCCCCUUACGGACGAUACACUCGACAAGGAUGGGGUUUACAGAUAAAUGGAAAGCUAGCAUGGUUUCUUCAGGAAAUUCCUUCCAUGCUAGUGCCACUGUACUUGUUAGUAGUUACAGACUGUCCUAGGAUCUCCUACACGCCUAACAAGAUUAUAUUAUCAUGUUUUCUUAUUCAUUACUUUCACCGGGCACUGAUAUUUCCCUUUCUGAUAAGGGGAGGUAAGCCGACUCCACUGGUACCAUUUUUACUUGCCCUUGUUUUCUGUCUUGUCAAUGGAUAUAUCCAGGCAGGAUACCUUCUUCAUCAUGCAGAUUUUGGGGACGAGUGGAUUUAUAACCCACAAUUCUAUUUAGGACUAGUGUUGUUUUUUGUUGGAAUGAUUAUAAAUAUACAUUCUGACCACAUUUUGCGCAAUCUCAGAAAACCAGGGGAAAAGGGAUACAAAAUACCAAAAGGAGGGAUGUUUAACUAUGUUUCGGGUGCUAACUUUUUUGGAGAGAUGAGUGAAUGGUGUGGCUUCGCUGUGGCUUGUGGUACUUUACCAGCCUAUAGCUUUGCACUAUUUACAGUGUGUAAUAUAGGACCACGGGCAUGUCAACAUCACAGAUAUUACCUGGAGAAGUUUGACGACUACCCAAAGGAAAGGAAGGCUGUGAUUCCCUAUGUGAUCUGAUCAGUUUAGAUAUACUUGUGACAAUGUGGUAGCUAUUUCUGCCUGCUGAGACUUUCUAUAAACUCUAUAUUUCAUCCUAUGGCUUGAUGUUAUUUUACUUUUCUGCUUGAUAUUAUUAAAAGUGAUUUUACC